AAGAGCAGAAUCAUUAGUUUGGUUGGGCAAGAACGUAAAAGAGGACAGAAACGCCCUCAACUCACCUCACACUCAAAGAGAGCCCUGACCUAUUUGUCUCCCUCCACUCCUGCUCCCUCCCAGCCGUGCUCAAACGUCUGUAGGUCAUGCCCCAACUUGGAGGCAUUUAGAACUCCGAGCAGUGGGUCGCUUUCGCCUCAUUCACACCCCACCUAGGCAGGUCCAUCAAAGAGCACCCUACCCAGGGACCACCUUUUUUUCCCUGGGAUUCCGCGCUUCCGCCUCCGGGGCGGAGACUUCCUUCCCUUGCAGUCCCAGUUGUGUUCCCUGGAAGAGCAGGCAGGACGGGCGAGAAGCCAGGUCCUCCACGGGUUCCAGGAACUGCCGCGCAGUGGGCGCUUCAGCCCUGGGGGCCGCAAGCCCCACCCGGGUGCAGGCGGCUGCGCGGCUUCAGUACCACGGACAGCGCUCCUUCCUCAGCCCUGGUGUCGGCGAGGCCACGCGCUAUGCUGACAGCAUGGCCUGGCGCUCCAGCUCUAUGGUGUUGCUGCUCGGCUUCCCUCUCCUUUGGCUGUGCUCAGGGGUUUUGGCUACCGACACAGAGGAGCGAUUAGUGGAGCAUCUCCUGGAUCCCUCUCGCUACAACAAACUCAUUCGUCCAGCUACUAAUGGCUCUGAGCUGGUGACUGUGCAGCUCAUGGUAUCGCUGGCUCAACUCAUCAGUGUGCAUGAGCGGGAGCAGAUCAUGACCACCAACGUCUGGCUGACCCAGGAGUGGGAAGAUUACCGCCUCACAUGGAAACCUGAGGACUUCGACAAUAUGAAGAAAGUCCGGCUCCCUUCUAAACACAUCUGGCUCCCAGAUGUGGUUCUAUACAACAAUGCGGACGGCAUGUACGAGGUAUCCUUCUACUCCAACGCCGUGGUCUCCUAUGACGGCAGCAUCUUUUGGUUACCACCUGCCAUCUACAAGAGCGCAUGCAAGAUUGAGGUGAAGCACUUCCCAUUUGACCAGCAGAACUGCACCAUGAAGUUCCGCUCGUGGACCUACGACCGCACUGAGAUCGACCUGGUGCUCAAAAGUGACGUGGCCAGCCUGGAUGACUUCACACCCAGUGGGGAGUGGGACAUCAUUGCACUGCCAGGCCGGCGCAACGAGAACCCAGAUGACUCCACUUACGUGGACAUCACCUAUGACUUCAUCAUUCGUCGCAAACCGCUUUUCUACACCAUCAACCUCAUCAUCCCAUGCGUACUCAUCACCUCGCUGGCCAUCCUGGUCUUCUACCUGCCGUCAGACUGUGGGGAGAAGAUGACACUCUGCAUCUCCGUGCUGCUGGCGCUCACAGUCUUCCUGCUGCUCAUCUCCAAGAUCGUGCCUCCCACCUCCCUUGACGUACCACUGGUGGGAAAGUACCUCAUGUUUACCAUGGUGCUAGUCACCUUCUCCAUCGUCACUAGCGUGUGUGUGCUCAAUGUGCACCACCGCUCGCCCACCACGCACACCAUGGCACCCUGGGUCAAGGUGGUCUUCCUGGAGAAGCUGCCCACCCUGCUCUUCCUGCAGCAGCCACGCCACCGCUGUGCACGGCAGCGCCUGCGCUUGCGGAGGCGCCAGCGCGAGCGUGAGGGCGCAGGGGCACUUUUCUUCCGUGGGGGCCCUGCGGCUGACCCAUGCACCUGCUUUGUCAACCCCGCAUCAGUGCAAGGCUUGGCUGGGGCGUUCCGGGCUGAGCCCACACCUGGAGCCGGCCCCGGGCGCUCAGUGGGGCCAUGCAGCUGCGGCCUCCGGGAGGCAGUGGAUGGCGUACGCUUCAUUGCAGACCAUAUGCGAAGCGAGGAUGACGACCAGAGUGUGAGGGAGGACUGGAAAUACGUUGCUAUGGUGAUUGACCGCCUGUUCCUCUGGAUCUUUGUCUUCGUCUGUGUCUUUGGCACCAUCGGCAUGUUCCUGCAGCCUCUCUUCCAGAACUACACUGCCUCCACCUUCCUCCACCCUGACCACUCAGCUCCCAGCUCCAAGUGAGGCUCACUCAUCUGUAGCUCCUCGCCCCUUCCCCCCUGGGGUUCAGUAGUGUUGGGUGGAGGAUGGAUCUGUCCCCACUCCGCUGACACCCUGCUCCGCCCCUUCAUUCCCACACAGCCUUCCAGCCUGGAGGCUGGGCUAGCUGCCUCAGUGUUCAAGCACCCUCCUUCCCCUCUGAGCUAAUUCAGGCAGUAGUAUUAAUGGUGAGGGCCAAGGCUGGCAAGUAGAGCCAUCCGUCCUGAGGAGGGGGUUGGAGAAGGGACCAAGAAAGGGACAGAGUUGCCUUCAAGUCAUGGAAGAAGAGAAGAAGAUUCUCCAGUCAGGCUGACCAGUCCUGGUCUGGCCGGUGAUUGUUUCCACUUAAGUGGACAGCAGCUGGUCUUCGAGGACUUGCACUUUUCGGGAUCCUCCUGAGAGCACCUAGUCUCCUGGGGAGUUUGAGUUCAGUCUUAUAGCCUGUGCCUGGGCAGGGGUUGGGGGCUCCAGAGCCCAGCUCCAAGUUCCCUUCUGCCAGUGCAGAACUCUUUGAGCCCCUAGGUUUUCCUCUCCUUCCUUUCUCACUUGGGAAAGGGGAGGUGUUAGAGAAGCCUUUGAAGGUCAUGAGCUGGGUGAGAAGUCUAGGCUCACAGUGUCAGAAGAACUUUGACACUGCUGGAUUCCAGUGGAAGCCAUGUUACAGAGUUGGAACAGGCCUGGAAGGUGAGCCCCUUCCUUCUUGCCCCAAGGCCACGGACUGCUUGAAGGACACAAGCGACAGACAUCUCAACUGUGCCUCAGUGUGUUUCCUAGCUAUCAGAGAGCUCCUGAGCAUCUCUGCUUGGUGGCAGGAGAGACCUCCUUCUACUAGAACAGGAAAUUCAAGGUUGCCUGCAUGAGGCCACUCCUCUCCCUCCAUAAACUUCCAGGUCCAGAGAAAGCAACCGGAGUUAUAAGCAGCACCUGGACAGGUGUUGCCCCUGUAGAGGGUAGCACCAGUGCAGGCUGCUCAGCCUCUGGGGACCCACCAGCUGCUGCUGUGACUCCCCUUGACUUUACUACCUCCUGUAACUGGCUGUUGUCUGAAUUAGUCGCCGGCCAGGCCCAGAAAGAUUAGUGGGCAGUUUGUCCAACUCCUUUCCAGGUCCUGUUGAACUUUUGGGCAAACAGUGCCUGCCUUCGAACAUGCUGUCAGCACUUGCACAGUGGAGAUAGAGGUAGGCAGGGCUGGAGUGGGCAGAAAGGACCCAUGUGUGUGACGGGUCACGGGGCAGUGCUGCUCCCACCAUUUAUGGUGCAGCCUUUGGAGGAAGACUGCAAUGGGGGAGGGGUGGAAGGAAGCCAUGGUGUAUCAGGACAUCAUGAACCCUGGAGGAUACUGAGAGGCUUUGGGGAAACUCAGUCCCUGCCAUUUCAGGGACUUCUGUCUCUACCUUCGGUGAUGUUGGGAAGCUCCUUGCCUCCUCCUAUGUGGAGCUAGCUGUCUCUGGAGAGAAUCAGGUACCUGAUUUGGUGAGCCUAGAUGGGAACUUGGGACAGGGUGGCAUGGGCGUGGCAGUGAAGAAAGGAGCUGGGGAUUUCCAGCCAAGCUAAGUUGUAGUAACCGCCUGCCUUUGCCUAGAAAGCUGGCCCACAGGCUCCCUGCCUCUGUGGAGACCUACAAGUCUGGAGCAGCUGGUGCCAAGAGUGCAGAAAGCAGACAGGACACAGGACCCUCCAGAUGGUUCUUUUGGGGAAGACUGAAGGGGAAGAGAAGGACUUCCUUGUAAGGAACAAGGAUACCAAGGGACUGGCCACUGUGCCCACCCUAUGGGACUGUGCCUCUCACAGUCCUGCAAGGAUGCUCCUGAGACCAGGAGCAGCAGAGCAUGACUUCCAGAGUGCCCGGUGCCUGCUCCCUGCCUGCCACCAUGGCCUUUGGACAGGUGGGAGAUGUCCCAGGCAGGAAAGCAAGGGCCUUUAGAGCCUUCUCUAAAUUGUUCCUCCAAGAAGAGUGAAAUAGUUGCUGUUGCCCUCUGCUCCCAGGCAGAAGUGGCUGUUGAGCCCCACUUAUAUCGGCAGCUUCCCACUCACCAACCCCAAAUGGCCAGAACAAGCGGCACUUUGUAAUUAUUAUCCCAUCAUGUCUGAAGCCUGUCAGUGUGCUGGUCACAUGCUUCCCAUAGGACUAAAACUUUGGGAACUGGUAGGACACCUCACCCCCUACCUUUAAUGCACUCAUCUCUAAACUGUCCUAGACACGUCUUUGUCUCCCCUCCUGGAGUAUUUGCAAUGGUCCACAUGCCCCUCCCUAAACCUACUCCCCCAUAGCUGGACUCAUUUCUCUUAAAAUUGUUUCUGAGUAUGUCUUGUGAUUUUGUUGUUUGCGGGGAAGGGACUAACCCUUCCCGACCAGAAUGGCAGACACAGAAGGGGAGAACGCUGGAGAAUCCCUGCUCCUGGAAGAGAGGUACUGCAAAAGGCAGCUGUGCUGCCAGUCAGUGUUCUCUGCUUCACUUAUCGAUGGAAAAGAAAUGGCAGGUGGCUGGGCCAGCAGGGGCGGGGUGGGCUGGGCUUUCCCUCCAGCCCAUGCCCUAAAAUAUCUAGACUUCAAUCAGCUGGCAGACUCUCACAGCACAGACUUGAUCCGUGCUCAAAUCCUGGGAUCAGGGUGAAAUUGUGGGUGACCCUCUCCGGGCCUUCACCGAAGCGUUAAGGAAACUGGCUAUCUUUAAAUUUGGGGGCCAGGCAUUGAUUGAAUCUACCUGUUCAUGCUACUCUGUCCUGAGCAAAACUCCCAGCCCACAAAGCCAGCUACAUUCUCAGACUGGAACACUCCAUUUCCUCACAUGUGGACCUAGUGGCUGCCUGAGGACAGAGGCACUUGAGACCCCAGGACAGCAGGAGCUGUCACCUUGACCUGCCUUUAAAAUUGCUCAGUUCCUUGAGCACUGCAUUUAAAUACUACAUGAAGUCCUGGUUUAAGAAUUGUGCCCCCAAAUAUGUCACUGGGUCCUCUGACUUCCUUCAGUCAUCCCAUCCAUCUGUCUACAAGACAACGAAGGAACUUAAGAGGGAGAUUGGGAUGCCAUUCACGAAGUUCAAAGGUGCACCUGCGUGGUCCCAAUUGCAGCUCCCUUCCAAAGGCACCCACAGGCGCAGGAAAGGUGGAAGCUUGUGGGGAGGGAGACACAGUAAGGCAUCUCCAGUGCUGUCUCAUUUGGGGCUUUAAAAUCCUGUAACACCCCCCCCACACACACACACACAAAUGAGAGUGGGCUCAGAAGGGAAAAGGUGUUUGGAAGCAGGGAAAGCACUGAGCAUGUGGCUGGAGUGCCCUGCCCACUAGGCAGCCCAUCACACUACCCACCCAGGAGAAGUGUCACAGGCCCCUCGGCU